AGAAAAGGAUUUGGAGGCCAAGUUCAUUAUUCAAAUGGAGAAAAGCAAAACAACAAUCACAAACUUAAAGAUACCAGAAGGAGGGACUGGAGACUCAGGAAGAGAACGAUCCAAGACCUUUACCUAUGAUUUUUCUUUUUAUUCUGCUGACACAAAGAGUCCAGAUUAUAUCUCUCAAGAAAUGGUUUUCCAAACCCUUGGCACAGAUGUUGUGAAAUCUGCAUUUGAAGGUUAUAAUGCUUGUGUCUUUGCAUAUGGGCAAACUGGAUCAGGAAAGUCAUACACUAUGAUGGGAAAUUCUGGUGAUUCUGGCUUAAUACCUCGGAUCUGUGAAGGGCUCUUCAGUAGGAUAAAUGAAACCACCAGAUGGGAUGAAGCAUCUUUCCGGACUGAAGUCAGUUACUUAGAAAUUUAUAAUGAGCGUGUAAGAGAUCUUCUUAGACGGAAGUCAUCUAAAACUUUCAAUUUAAGAGUCCGUGAGCAUCCAAAAGAAGGACCUUAUGUUGAGGAUUUAUCUAAGCAUUUAGUACAGAAUUACGGUGACGUGGAAGAACUUAUGGAUGCAGGAAAUAUCAAUCGUACCACAGCAGCAACUGGGAUGAAUGAUGUCAGUAGCCGAUCUCACGCCAUCUUCACCAUCAAGUUCACUCAGGCAAAGUUUGAUUCUGAGAUGCCAUGUGAGACCGUGAGUAAGAUUCACCUAGUUGAUCUUGCUGGAAGUGAGCGCGCGGAUGCCUCCGGUGCCACCGGGGUCAGACUCAAGGAAGGGGGAAAUAUUAACAAGUCUCUAGUGACUCUGGGAAAUGUCAUUUCUGCCUUAGCCGAUUUAUCUCAGGAUGCAGUGAACCCUCUUGUGAAGAAGAAGCAAGUUUUUGUGCCUUACAGGGAUUCUGUUUUGACUUGGUUGUUGAAAGACAGUCUUGGAGGAAACUCUAAAACUAUCAUGAUUGCCACCAUUUCACCUGCUGAUGUCAAUUAUGGAGAAACCCUAAGUACUCUUCGCUAUGCAAAUAGAGCCAAAAACAUCAUCAACAAGCCUACCAUAAAUGAGGACGCCAACGUCAAGCUCAUCCGUGAGCUCCGAGCUGAAAUCGCCAGACUAAAAACACUGCUUGCUCAAGGGAAUCAGAUUGCCCUCUUAGACUCCCCAACAGCUUUGAGUAUGGAGGAAAAACUUCAGCAGAAUGAAGCAAGAGUUCAAGAGUUGACCAAGGAAUGGACAAAUAAGUGGAAUGAAACCCAAAAUAUUUUGAAAGAGCAAACUCUAGCCCUUAGGAAAGAAGGGAUUGGAGUUGUUUUGGAUUCAGAGCUGCCUCAUUUGAUUGGCAUUGAUGAUGACCUUCUGAGUACUGGAAUCAUCUUAUAUCACUUGAAGGAAGGUCAGACAUAUGUUGGUAGAGAAGAUGCUUCAACAGAGCAAGAUAUUGUUCUUCAUGGCCUUGACUUGGAGAGUGAACACUGUGUCUUUGAAAAUGCUGGGGGGACAGUGACUCUGAUACCCCUGAAUGGGUCCCAGUGCUCUGUGAAUGGUGUUCAGAUCAUGGAGGCCACACACCUAAAUCAAGGUAUCUGA